AUGGACUGGAUCUUAACGAAACCGACAGAAGAACAAGUUAGAAUGGCUCUAACGAUUUGUUUCGGUUUUAAUGCAUUUAUGACUGGUCUAUAUUUAGUAUUCCAGCUUUAUAAAUAUUACAAAGAGAAGAAGUUUGCAGAGGAGUUGCUUUAUGAUUUAUACAAGACUAAGAAGGAAGUAGAGGAGAUACUGAAGAAAGAGACGGCUAAUGAUAUCUCAUGUCGCCAAGCAAACGGAAAUGUUGUCAAACCAUUUAAAGUAAUGGACCUGCCGCUUGUUGCUUUCCGACACGUCGCCGAUUUUUGGGAUCCAAAUGAAAUGUACCAACUCUCCAAAUUAUCCAAAAAAAGCAAGGCCACAAUGAAGUCAACCAUCAAAAAGCGUCCAUCUCAACUCAUUCUUGUACCUCCUUUGAAGGUUAUUCUCGAGUAUUCUGAUACUAAACGAUUCAACUUCAGUGUACCAAUCCACCGUAAUCCUGUAUAUGUACCAGGAGACCAUCCGAGGUUCUCACCUGAAUUCCCUGAUCGAUGCUUUCAAAUGGUCAAUGAUUUAAAAGAUUUAUUCGAUUCCGAGUUCAGGAGAUUCGCUUUUUUCCCGAAUUACCUUAGUUGGGAGGACUUGUCACGGAUAGUUAAUUGGAUUAAUUUGGAUGAGAGUCUUCCAAAUAUCCCUGCCAUUACUAUGAAUAAAAUGAAGAAUAAUGGAAUGUUCUUCAAGAUUCUCAUGGAAAAUCUAGAGAAAAAUGUGCAUAAUUUCACAAUUUGGGGAAUGGAACGAGGCCAGAAAUCUCUGAAAAUCCGUCAUAAUUUUGAAAUCAAAGAUCUCUAUGUGAAUGACACGUCGUCCCUCGACGUGGAUGCGUUCACCAGUUUGAAGUUCAGUAGAGCGAACUUGCAUCGUGUUGACAUUGCGAAUAAAGAAAUAAACGAGAUAUUGAUGAGUUGGAAGAUGGGAAGAUUUGGAGAGAAAAUGGAAAGUAUUACUGUUGAGAAGAUGACAUUAAUUAACUUGAGAAUUAUGUUAAUUGGAUUGGAAGCAGAGUUGAGAGAUCCAAGGAUUACCAAAAGGAGUUGGCCUCUUGCCGACGGGACCCCUGGAUGGCUGUGUGGUGGGAUAGAUGUCAAGAGAGCAAAUGGAAAGACAGCUACAAUUUGGUUGUAUUCUUAUCAAUCGACAAAUGAAGACGAUCCGAUUCCAGAAGAAUGUAUUCAAAAAUACGAAAAUGCUCAAAGAAAUUGGAAUCGAAUCGCUGGAGACGAUGGGGAUCCAGUGAGAGAUGCGAUUUUUCUUGAUACACAUCUCACUAUCACUUUUGAAUGA